AUGUUUCAUCUUUGCUCCCUUCUUCCUCUUCUUCUUCUUCUCGAGUUCAGUUUCCAUGCCACGUCAACCGAUGACUUCUCCACGUACAUCGUCCACCUAGACCCAUCCUCCCGUCCAAAACACUUCACCACCAAUCAACAAUGGCACUCCUCAAUCGUCUCCGCCGUCAAAUCCUCGACCAACUCAUCCCUCGAAAACUCCUUCUUGUACUCCUACCAAAACGCCCUCCAUGGAUUCAGCGCUGUUCUAUCCCAACAAGAACUCCAAACCGUUCAAAACCACCCGGGGUUUCUUUCAUCCUACAAAGACAAACUCGUCACGAUGGACACCACAUAUACUUCCCAGUUCAUGUCUCUCAACCCAUCAACCGGCCUCUGGCCUGCCUCGAACUUUGGCGAGGACGUGAUCAUCGGUGUAAUCGACACCGGAAUCUGGCCCGAAAGUCCAAGCUUCAGCGACCACGGUAUGACUUACCCCUCCAAGCUCCCAUCCAAAUGGAAAGGAAUAUGUCAAGAGGGACAGGACUUCAACUCUUCCCUAUGCAACUCCAAGCUCAUUGGAGUUAGAUACUUCAACAAAGGGGUCAGAUCCGCCAACCCGAAUGUCACCCUCACGAUGAAUUCGGCUCGAGACACCAUAGGACACGGGACGCACACCUCCUCCACCGCAGCAGGGAACUACGUGGAAGGUGCAUCCUACUUCGGCUACGCUGAUGGCGUGGCUCGAGGCAUGGCGCCUCGAGCCAGGGUGGCCAUGUACAAGGUGAUAUGGGACGAGGGACGUUGCGCCUCGGACGUGCUGGCUGGAAUGGACCAGGCCGUGGCGGAUGGAGUCGACAUCAUCUCCAUCUCCAUGGGGUUCGAUGGUGUCCCGUUGUACGAGGAUCCCGUCGCGAUCGCCUCGUUUGGUGCAAUGGAGAAGGAGAUUCUGGUCUCCUCCUCCGCGGGCAAUAAUGGGCCCAGAGGGAUUCCAUUGCAUAAUGGAAUCGCCUGGGUGAUGACCGUGGCAGCGGGCAACUUUGACCGCACUUACGUCGCGAGUUUGACCGUGGGGAAUGACAAGGAGAAAGAACAACACAUCAUAGUCGGGAGGAGCAUAUUCCCGCUAAAUGCAUGGGUUAAGAAUGAAACCCUUAUCUACAACAAGACACUCUCCAAAUGUGACUCUCUCGAGUUGCUCUCGCAAGCUCCACGUGCUAUUAUUGUCUGCGAAGACACAGGGUUUUUAAACGAUCAAAUGCGGGCAAUCUCUGGGGUGACAAACCUCGCUGGUGCGAUCUUCGUCUCUAAAGAUCCUUCUCGUGUCGACUUAGAGUCAAUGAGUUGUCCAGGCGUGUUGAUUUCCACGAUGGAGUUGGCUACGGUCAUCGACUACAUCAAGAGUAGCGAUAACCCUAUUGGUGCAAUCAAAUUCCGCCAAACUGUGACGAGGAAAGAUAUCGCUCCCUCAGUAGCUGGCUACACAUCUCGAGGUCCUUCUCCGAACUGCCCUGCGAUUCUAAAGCCGGACGUUAUGGCUCCAGGAAGCCUCGUGCUGGCUUCCUGGAUCCCAAAUGGCUCCACAGCCUUAGUAGGAAAAAAUAUGUUGUUGACCAGUGAAGGGUUCAAUCUCAUCUCAGGCACGUCGAUGGCUUGUCCUCACGCUUCCGGCGUGGCGGCGAUGCUGAGAGGAGUGCAUCCGGAAUGGAGCCAUGCAGCUAUCAGAUCGGCCAUGAUGACGACUGCUGCUCAGCUGGACAGUUCUAUGAUGCCUAUCAAAGACUUUGGCCUAAAUUACACUGCCGCAUCUCCUCUGGCUAUGGGAGCGGGCCAUAUGAUGCCGAAUAAGGCCAUGGACCCUGGUCUGGUCUACGAUGCGACUCCACAGGAAUACGUGUCUCUGCUAUGUUCGAUGAAUUUUACCAGGAAUCAGAUCAUGACCAUCACCAGAUCGAACGAGUACGACUGUGCAAACUCCUCGUCGCUCGAUCUGAACUACCCGUCGUUCGUGGCGUUCUACGAUAAGAAUGUGACUACCGGAGCGAUGUUGACGCACAAGUUUCGAAGGGUCGUGACCAAUGUGGGAGCCGCGACGGCUUCGUACGAAGUGAAGGUGGCUCCACCGGUGGGAGUGAAAGUUGCGGUGUGGCCUCAGAGGUUGGUUUUCGGGAAGAAGAACGAGCAGAGAGAUUACUUCGUGGAGAUAACGUAUGGGAGUGAUGGUGAAGGGAUGGUUUCGUACGGUUCGAUUGUUUGGGUUGAAGAAAGUGGGAAGCAUACUGUGAGGAGUCCGAUUGUUGUUGCGCCAACUUCUUCUGCUGGCUCUGUUUGGAUGCAUGUUUAG